GUAUAUAUAAAGAAAUUUACUGUGCAAAUAAUGCAGCGGGCCCUAUAUCUUUUUAUAUUUUCAACUAAAGCGGCUCAUCUUUUCUUUUGUCUUUCGUAACAUAAUCAGCAUAAUCCAUUUUCCAUCUUUUGAUUUGAUAUUCCUUGAAACAUUUUUAUUUUAAUUUGUUCAUCUCCUUUCUUUUUCAAUUACCGUUGGAACCAGACAAAGAAUCAGAAACAACACUACCAAUCUCUCUCUGUCCCUGUCUCUGUAUAAUCUCGGUGUUGUCUUGUCUCUCUCUACAAGCCGAGAGAGACAGUGAUGACAAUACUCUAGAGCAGAGGAAGGACUAACCACCAUUUCCAAUCAUGAAUCCGGCAACUGACCCAGUCUCCGCCGCAGCAGCUCUAGCUCCACUUCCACAACCUCCACAGCCACACCGUCUCUCAACCUCCUGCGACCGUCACCCGGAAGAGAGAUUCACCGGUUUCUGCCCUUCCUGUCUCUGUGAACGCCUCUCAGUCUUAGACCAAACCAACAAUGACACUGCUGCAUCCUCUUCCUCUCGGAAGCCUCCCACCAUCUCCGCAGCGGCUCUCAAAGCCCUCUUCAAGCCUUCUGGUAAAAACGGAGGCGGUGGAAACGGUCGGGUAAAACCCGGAUUCUUCCCGGAGCUCCGCCGCACGAAAUCGUUCUCGGCGUCAAAGAACAACGAGGGAUUCUCCGGCGCGUUCGAGCCGCAGCGUAGAUCCUGCGACGUCAGACUUCGUAGCUCUCUCUUGAACUUGUUUACUCAAGAUGAGACCGAGCCUAGAAACUCUAGCGUUCAAGAGCCUGUGUUAGAGGUUAACGAUGAAGAAGCUGAAACUGAAGAUGACUACGUCGACUUCGAGACUCUUAAUGAUAAUUCCAGCGACGAAGUUGUUGAAGAGAGAGAUGAGAUAGAGGAAGUUAAAGUCACGGAGAAAGCUGUAACCGAAGAGGAGAUAAUAGAUCUUGAUUCUUCUCAAACCAAGAAGCCAUCGGUACGACGUAGUUUCUGGUCAGCCGCCUCCGUUUUCAGCAAGAAGCUUCACAAAUGGAACCAGAAACUGAAGAAGCGGCGUAACGGCGGCGGCGACGAUCACCACCGGCCGGGAUCCGAGAGGCUACCGGUGGAGAAACCGAUAGGGAGACAGCUCCGGGAUACGCAGUCGGAGAUCGCCGACUACCGGAGGUCAUGCGACACCGAUCCUCGAUUCUCCCUCGACGCCGCCGGGAGAUUCUCCGUCGAUAUCGGGAGGAUCUCGGCCGACGAUCCUCGUUACUCGUUCGACGAGCCGAGAGCUUCGUGGGACGGGACUCUGAUCGGACGGACGGCGAGACCUCCGCCGCCGCCGUCGAUGCUCUCCGUGUUGGAAGAUGCGGCGGUGCAAACCCGAUCAGAUAUGCAGAUUCCGGUGGAACAACCAGCGCCACCACCAGUGGUUAAUACAGUGAACAAUGAGUCCGACCCUGUUAUAAUCCCGGGCGGGUCAAUCCAAACCCGAGACUAUUACAAUGACUCAUCCUCCCGGAGGAGGAAGAGUCUCGACAGAUCAAGCUCUAUAAGAAAAACGGCCGUGGCGGUUGUGGCGGAUGAGCAGAAGCCGCGAGUGUCUAUAUCAAUAGAUACUUACUCAGGAGGAUCAAUGAGGGAUGACAGUUACGUUGUCGGGCCGGGAGGUAACGGCUUUUACCGGGAACCGGCGAUCACCGGUGAGAGGAGAGUGAAUAGUAAUGAUAACGGCUUUUACCGGGAACCGGCGAUCACCGGUGAGAGGAAAGUGAAUAGUAACGAUAACGGCAAGAAGUCGAGACGGUGGGGGAAGUGGAGUAUCUUAGGACUUAUCUACAGGAAGAGUGUUAACAAGUACGAGGAAGGGGAGGAACACGGUGGAAUGGUGGAGAGAUCGUUGUCGGAGUCAUGGCCGGAGCUGAGGAGCGGCGGAGAAGGAGGACCGAGGAUGGAGAGGAGUAAUAGUAAUGUGAGCUGGCGGAGCACCGGUGGUGUACCGGGGAGGAAAGUCAACGGGUUGGAGAGGAAUAAGAGUUCAAGGUGUUCGUCUAAGAAUGGGGAAAACGGAAUGUUGGAUUUUUAUUUGGCGCCUAUGACAGGUAGCCGGAGAAUGAGCGUUGGAGCUGGCGGAGGAGGUGGUGGUGGCGGCGGGUGGGCUAAUAGUCACGGGCAUUCUAUAGCGAGGAAUGUUAUGAGGCUGUAUUGAU